CAAAAGUAAACUAAAACGCGAAUCCUACUGCUAUCUAAAAAUUAGAAAAAAAAAUAUAAUUGACACUUUUUUGAACUGUAUAUGUCAAAUUGGAUUUGUUUUUAAAUAUGGAGAGUUACAGUUGCAAACUUUUUUGGAGAACCAAUAUAAUAACAUAACUUUCCAAUCCUGUAAUUCUCUUAACUAAAUUAAAAGUGUAUUGAAAAAUUAAAAAGAAAAAUGGGCGAUAGACGUGAACGUGCUGGAAUUCGUGUUCCUGAUGAAUUACGUGAAAUUCUUCUUGAAUUUACAUGUAGUUAUUUGUUGGAACAGCCUGGUGAUGUGGUGACAUAUGCCCAAGAGUAUUUCACGAAAUUUAAGGAGAGUAGAGGAACGACUAUCGUAUAUGACGGAUCUACAUCUUAUUUAGAUGAAGACAUGGGUAUCAAAACAAUUUACGCUCGUCAAAUAUUCGAUUCCAGAGGUAACCCAACCGUUGAAGUCGAUCUGACCACCGAUUUGGGUCUCUUCCGUGCUGCUGUACCAUCUGGAGCAAGUACCGGUAUCUAUGAAGCCCUUGAACUCCGUGACAAUGUCAAAACCGAAUACCACGGCAAAGGUGUCAAAACCGCCAUCAACAACAUCAACUCAAUAAUCGCACCUGAACUUAUCAAAGCUGGCUUGGAAGUCACUCAACAAACCGAAAUCGAUGAUUUCAUGAUGAAACUGGACGGCACAGAAAACAAGGCUAAAUUGGGAGCCAACGCCAUUUUGGGUGUUUCUUUGGCAGUCGCUAAGGCUGGAGCCGCUAAGAAGAAUGUUCCUCUGUACAAACAUCUUGCUGAUUUGGCCGGUAACAAGGAAAUUAUCUUGCCGGUACCCGCUUUCAACGUCAUCAAUGGUGGUUCACAUGCCGGUAACAAGUUGGCUAUGCAGGAAUUCAUGAUUCUCCCUACUGGUGCCACAUCUUUCACGGAAGCUAUGCGCAUGGGUACCGAAACCUACCAUCACCUGAAGAAAGUCAUCCAUGCCAAAUUCGGCUUGGACGCCACUGCUGUCGGAGAUGAAGGUGGUUUCGCUCCCAACAUUUUGAACAACAAAGAAGGUCUGGAACUCAUCAAAGUAGCUAUCCAAAAUGCCGGAUACACCGGAAAAAUUGAAAUCGGUAUGGACGUGGCCGCAUCUGAAUUCUUCAAAGAAGGUAAAUACGAUUUGGACUUCAAAAACCCCAACUCGGACAAAACCAAAUGGAUAUCUCCCGAUGAAUUGGAAGCCCUUUACCAAGAAUUCAUCAAGGAAUAUCCAAUUGUCUCAAUUGAAGAUCCCUUUGACCAAGACGACUGGGCGGCAUGGAGCAAAAUCACUGCCAAUACCACCAUUCAAAUCGUCGGUGAUGACUUGACCGUCACCAAUCCAAAACGUAUCCAAACAGCCGUCGAAAAGAAAGCUUGCAACUGCCUUUUACUCAAAGUUAAUCAAAUUGGUACUGUCACAGAAUCAAUUCAAGCUCACCUUCUGGCCAAGGCUAACGGUUGGGGUACCAUGGUGUCCCACAGGUCUGGUGAAACGGAAGACACUUUCAUUGCCGACCUUGUAGUGGGACUUUCCACUGGUCAGAUCAAAACUGGAGCACCUUGCAGGUCUGAACGAUUAGCCAAAUACAACCAAAUUCUUCGUAUUGAAGAAGAACUGGGAGCCGAUGCCAAAUAUGCUGGUAAAACAUUCCGUAAACCUCAAUAAGUGACAAUACGUAUGGCGAAGGGGUUUUAUCGAAAUGUUUAGUAGUUUGAGAUAAUUUUAAGACAAAAAGUGUCGUUGCUCUAUGUUAAGAAUGGAAGUAAAAUUUAAAAACUAAAACGUACUAUCAACCAAAACUGAAACUAGUUCGAUAUAAUGUUAUUGUGUUGGCUGUCUAUAUACAUCUUUGAAAUAAACUGUUAUUAUUUUAGUUUCGUUUU